AAGAGAGGAGAGGAGAGGAGAGGAGAGGAGAGGAGAGGAGAGGAGAGGGGACGACUGCUUCUGUCAGUGCAACAGCCGACCUGCUCCACACUGGCAGUCUGACCCGCAGUGUACUUCUGUCAGUUUGUGAAGACGAAGGAGUUUUACUCCCACCUCCUUCAGGAGCCAUGGAGGAGAUGCUCACCUGCAGCCGAAGUCCUUUCUCUCAGGUGUUUGGGCGUCAGGGGCAGCUCAUGCAAGCCACUGUACAGUCGCUGAACAGCCUGAAUGACCAGAUUGCAAACUUCAUGGUGACUGCACCCAAAUCCCCAGAGGUAGAGGAGGAGCCCAUCUUCCCUCCCCUGGAGAAGGAGAAUCUGCAGAAGUCUAUGACGCUGAUGAGGCACCUCCUGGUGGACGCUCAGGCAAAAAUCCUGAAAAUGAUGGAUGACAACAAGCAGUUGGCCCAGCGCAUCGAUGGGGCCAUUCAGUCAGCCAGCCAGGAGGUGACCAACCUGCGCUCAGAGCUGAGCUCCACCAGCCGCCGACUGGCUGAGCUGGGGGCUACAGACUCCUCCGCCGGCAUGAGACCUGAGACCCUGCAGCACAACCACAACGACUCCUCCACCCAUCCCAGACAGAAGCCUCCGGCAGCUGAGCUCAGCUGCAAGACUGAAAUCAGCAGCCUGAUGGACUUCAACUCUCCAGACGCCUCCCUGGACAAAGUUCUGCUCCGUGAGGAGGUGGCCCAGCUCCAGGAGGAGGUGCACUUGCUGCGGCAGAUGAAGGACAUGCUGAAUAAAGACCUGGAGGAGACCCAGGGAAGCUGUUCGGCCAACGUGCUCUCUGCCACUGAGCUUCGUGUACAGCUGACCCAGAAGGAGCAGGAACUCGACCGAGCUAAGGAGGCUCUGCAGGCCAUGAAGUCAGAUCGCAAGCGUCUGAAGGCAGAGAAAGCAGACCUGGUGAACCAGAUGCAGCAGCUCUACGCCACACUGGAGAGCAGAGAGGAGCAGCUCCGUGACUUCAUACGCAACUAUGAGCAGCACAGAAAGGAGAGUGAGGACGCGGUAAAGGCUCUGGCCAAGGAGAAGGACCUGCUGGAAAGAGAAAAGUGGGAUCUGCGGCGACAGACCAAGGAAGCCACGGAGCAUACAGGGAUGCUGCGCUCGCAGCUGGACCUCAAGGAGAAUCGCAUCAAGGAGCUGGAAGCUGAGCUGGCCAUGGUAGGCAAACAAAGACAGGCUCACAGUACCGUCGCUGUCUAUAAAAACAAACAGAUGAGUAACUGUGUGAAUCAGAGAAUGGAGUACCGGGUGUUUGAUCGUCUUGCAGACAGGGACUUCUCGCCCAGGGUUCUGGCGGUAAGAAUGGCCAAGCAGUCUCUUGCCACCCUAACCAAGGACGUACCCAAGCGCCACUCUCUGGCCAUGCCCACGGAGACGGUUGUCAAUGGCAACAACCAGGAGUGGGUGAUGCAGGCUGACCUUCCUCUGACUGCCGCCAUCAGACAGAGUCAGCAGACGCUGUAUGUCCACGCGGGACAUCCCACUGAUCGACAAGUGGCUGCUGUGCGGGUGAGCCCAUGCCACUCACGUCAGCCCUCCAUCAUCUCCGAUGCCUCAGCGGUGGAGGGAGACCGCUCGUCCACACCCAGUGACAUCAACUCUCCUCGCCACCGGACUCACUCCCUCUGCAAUUCCCUAGAAGAUCUGGAGGACGGGAAGCGUAAGAAGAAGAAGGAGAAGAUAGGAUUGGGUUCCCUGUCACGUGUCUUCGCCCGAGGAAAGCAGCGAAAGUCUCUGGACCCUGGCUUGUUUGAUGGUACAUCAACACCUGAUUAUUACAUUGAGGAGGAUGCAGACUGGUAAAGCACACACGCCCGGGUGAACGCCCAGAGAGACGUGUGUCCAGUGAUCAGAACACAGAAUGGGGUUGAAUCCCAGCAAGUGUAAAGGAGGAUGGCUGUGUGUGUGUGUGUGUGUGUGUUUGAGUGUACAGCUGUAACAUUGUGAGUGCCUGUCUGCAGUCUCACAUGCAUGCAUACAGACGCAGGUAUGUGUGUGAGAGAGUGUGCAUGUGUGUGUGUGUGUAUGUGUGUAUGUACGUCUCUGUGGAAGUGUAAAAACCUUAAAGAGUGAAUUGUGUGUAAAUAAAGUGAACAGUGUGGCGCGGCGGCCGGCGGUCGUGGAUGUCCUGUCGUAUCAGCCCUCUCAAAACAGCCCUGUUAUGGAAUCUUAAAAAAAAAAAAAAAAAGUUCUUUACAUUUGGAGUUUUGUUUUUGUUUUCACUCAACUGGAAACUUGAAGGACUGCUGUACUUGUAAAUAACAAUCGAUGUGCACUUUGUGCGUGUAAAUGUCUCCUCGUCCUGAAUGCCUUGUUUGUUAUUUUGGACAUGUAUUCCCCACCUCCUCCUGCUACCUUUUAACUUAAACUCCCCCUGUUGGUCACCCUGCUCGGUCCAACCCCCCCUCACUGCCAUGAUGAGAACAGUUUCCUGUGGGCAACAUGCAGACUCUUUCCUUUAAAUCUCCACCAAUGAUAACUUUGAUGUAAUAAGGCUUGCGUUUGGACAACAUCACAGGACAAAACAAGUCAUGUCAAAAAUGCUUUUUCCAUCUGUUGAAAUGAUCAAAGGUAGAUGAAAAUAAACAGGUGUAACAGACAGGCCUUAAAGUUCCAGUUCACACAUAGAACUUGAUCCAGAUUUGAAUUCUUCCAACCUAAAAGUAUACAUUUUAGAGCGUAUAUUAAUACUUUGAUUGAUUAGUUAUGUAUGUGACACACUGUAAUAUUACUGCUAAUCUAAAACUGCAAUUCCAUAAAACUAUUUUUAUGAGACGUUUUAAACGUAACUUGGAGAAUGAGCAAAAAGCAUCAAGGUCAACACUGAGCAGCUGUUGUUGUGUUGAACUAAAUAAACCAAAAGUCAUGAAGAAACAACAACAAAUCUAACCGGGUGAUUGAGACAAGAAAAAAAUGUAGUAAUUAAGUUUAAAAAAUGCAGUACAACUGUAUGUGGACCAGGAUACUUAUCUCAGUUCUGCACUUUAAUGUGACAGCUGAUGUAUUCAAAUGUGAUCUGCUCAUCAUGGUUCACCUGCUUCUCUCUUUAGAAAAAAUAUUUUUAAAACUCUUUUUCUGCACAAUUUAUACAAAGAAUUUAAGAAAAGAAAUAAUAUAAACAAACCAAGCUCAUAUUCCAAAAGGAAGCUUUGAUUUUCAAAAAUAUUUACGACAAAAGAACAUCAAUUACACCAACAUAUUUAAUAAAAAGGGUUAUUAAUAUUUCUCCAAAUCUAGAUCAAAAAAUCAAAGUGUCAUAUUGGAUCAGGGAGCAGACGAUCAGUCAACUAUUAUAACAACAAAGUGCCGGUUCAAGCCAUUGCUGCAAAAAAAAAAAAAAAACCCAAUUAACUUUGUGCCAAAGGUUAAUAGCAUUUCUUCAAGCAAAAGAAUAACUAAAGACAUUGGAUUAUUUUCAGUCAUGCGUUGGACCGAGCCACAGUCUGCCCUGCUGCCCCAGGAACUCUUUUCUCUCUGCUCGUUAUUAAAGUAACACUGGGAUUUUCAUCAGUCUCACCUAAAACACCAUGAGGUCACAGACUGCACUGAAGCUGUAUUUAACCACACUGCUCAUCAGUCGCGUCUCUGUCAGUGAGGGGAUCAUCAUUUAACCCCUGCAACGUCCUCAACGUGGGAUUGAAGGUUUUGGUUGAGAAUAACUGUCAUGACAGAUUUAUUUUAUGCAUAGCAACAACAUGACUUGUACAAAAAUCUAAGGCUACUUUUAUUUUUUCAUGUAACAAAUCCUAUGCCCCCCGUGCUGGUGGGGAAAAAAAAA